AGUACCUACUUAUACCUAUAUACUUUUCUUGAAGUUUUAAUAAUAUCAUUCUCUAUUAUUUUUGACUUUUCUGGAUCACGUUGACAACUCUUUAGACAGAUUUAUGACAAGUACCUGCUUAAUAAAUUGGUCUACAACAAAAUUAAUGUAAAGCAAUAAAUUUAUAGAUAAAUAGCCAAAACGAAAUUGUUUGAAGUACAAUACCAAGUGAUUAGUGCUAACAUUUUUCCAAUUACGAACAAAAGGAGCAAUGAAAUUCGUUCAAUUUAUUCCCAGCGAUACUCCCCAUCAGCUGAGGGUCGGGUACCUGUAUGGUGAUGCCGUAGUGGACGUUUGUAGCUACGAUAUCAAUAUGCCAAAAACUAUGCUCGAUAUACUAAAAGCUGAUUUAGUUCAUUCUAUUAUGACGGCACCAACUCCAAACCCAAAGACUAUAGUGCCGUUAUCAGAAGUGACAUUGAAAGCACCAAUCCACGGCAUGGACAAGAUCCUGUGCAUAGCCCUAAACUAUGCUGAUCACUGCAAGGAACAGAACCUAGCACAACCAACGGUACCGGUAGUCUUCAACAAGUUUGCCAGUACCAUCAUUGGACCUAAUGAGGCUGUGAGGAUUAGGACCCAAGUAACUAAGAAAGUGGAUUGGGAAGCAGAGCUAGUUGUGGUCAUAGGCAAGACUGCAUCAGGUGUGAAAGCUGCAGAUGCAUUCAAUUAUGUAUUCGGGUACACUAUAGCUCAGGAUAUUAGCGGACGCGAUUGGCAGAAGGAUGAAAAUGGAGGGCAGUUCUUACUAGGGAAAUCUCAAGACACAUUCUGUCCAAUUGGGCCGUGGAUAGUGACAACUGAUGAGAUCAGUGACCCACACAACUUGGCCAUCAAAUGUUUUUUGAACACUGAACUGAAACAAGACAGCAACACUGAGAAUCUGAUCUAUAAGAUACCUGCACUCAUUGAGAGACUUAGCACAAUAAUAACACUGCUUCCUGGUGAUCUUAUCCUCACUGGUACUCCCGGAGGAGUGGGAGUAUACCGUGACCCUCCCGAAUUCCUUAAGCCAGGCGAUGUAAUUACUAGUGAAAUAGAAAAAAUUGGAACCUUAGUUGUCAACGUCGAGCAAUUUUAAUUAUUUUUUAAAGAUGAUUUGAGUUCGUAUAUACAAUAAUGUUAUACAAUAUAUUUUGUAGAGGUUUUCGAAUUGCGUUUAUUCUUUGUUAGCACUAUUAUUUGAUUUUUGUAAAUAAAUUGUAUUUUUAAA